CCCUCUCCACACAACUCUCAAACAACAAACCAAAAUCAGAAACACAGAAAAGGGAAACAAAUUCCAGUCCAGAUCCGUCGGAAUCGUAUUCCGGUUACCGUCCGUCGAGAUGUUUCUGUUGGACUGGUUUUACGGCGUCUUGGCAUCUCUCGGGUUAUGGCAAAAGGAGGCCAAGAUCUUGUUCCUUGGCCUCGACAACGCCGGCAAAACUACGCUCCUUCACAUGCUUAAGGAUGAGAGAUUGGUGCAGCAUCAGCCGACACAGUAUCCAACGUCGGAGGAGCUGAGCAUCGGCAAAAUUAAGUUUAAGGCUUUUGAUUUGGGUGGUCAUCAGAUCGCCCGUAGGGUUUGGAAGGAUUAUUACGCUAAGGUUGAUGCUGUGGUUUAUUUGGUGGAUGCGUAUGACAAGGAACGUUUUGCAGAAUCCAAAAAGGAACUCGAUGCACUCCUCUCGGACGAGUCACUAGCAAAUGUCCCGUUUCUGAUUUUGGGUAACAAGAUCGACAUACCUUAUGCAGCCUCGGAAGACGAAUUCCGUUAUCACCUGGGGCUGACAGGUGUCACUACUGGCAAAGGGAAGGUGAAUCUUGCGGAUUCAAACGUGCGCCCUCUUGAGGUAUUCAUGUGCAGCAUUGUGCGCAAAAUGGGUUAUGGAGAUGGUUUCAAAUGGGUCUCUCAAUAUAUAAAGUAGAGCUUUUCUAUCAUCAUCAGCAGCAGCAUUAUAUGGAUUGGAGAUGAAUGUAAAAUUUCUUUCUUGAUGAAAGAGGUGAAGAGGGGGGAAGAUUUAUUUUUCUGUUGGGUGUCGAUUCUGUUUUUUGCUAAGACGUUUAUUCUUUGCGCUUUGAUGAAUCUGUAAAGUUGGGAGAAAUCUGAUUGCAACUUCCCUCUGAAAAUGUAUUAUAUCUGAGAUUGGAGAAUUUUGCUGGUGUAUUGUUUGUGCUGGAGAUACUGAUCAAGGUAUAAUAUAACUCAUUCCUCCUUCAGACAACACAGA